UACGCGGAUUUUUCUCUUCUUUCACUCACGAAAUCUGUAAGCCGCGGUACGAUAUGCUCAAGAAUUAGUUCAAAUUAGUGAAUUAAAAUACCAUUAAAAGUAGUGCCAGUGUAGUGUUGUGAUUAGUGCCCAUAGUUAGCCAAUAAAAUGUCGCCGAAAUGUCCAGUGCCGCAACUGCACGAGAUAUCGUUAUCUUUGGUGGCGAGACAGCUGAUCUACACGCUGUCUCGAGUUACAUCCGAGGAAGACGCCGCCCUGCCCUUCACCAUACUGUCAUCCUACUACGAGAACUUGGGAGCCACCAGCGAUAUACUACAAGACCUUCUGAACCUAGUGCUGAGCUCAGAAUACCUGGAUCCUGCAAUUAGAUACUACGCUAUGCGAUUGCUGCUCAAAGCCAACGUCAAAUCUCUCGUCACAGGCAUGUUCCCUUGCCCCUAUUAUAGAAAAGUCCUUGAGGUAAUAGCGGAGCAAGGUCACCACUUGACCACUCUCAAUAUGAAAGGAGUUUGGGUGAAAGAAGAGCAUUUAUCCCUCAUGUAUGAACUGAUAAAGAACCUCAAAGAUUUAACUGCCCUGAACAUACCCUACAUAGCCAACGAUGAAGUCUUGAAAUUCAUCGGUGAACACAACAAAGUUUUGAAGCUCCUAGAUGUGUCGGGAGAAACGGAUAUAACUGAGAUUGGUAUAGACGCGCUGCUCACUAAUAAUCCACAACUCAUACAGAGCCUAACCGUGGUUAACAUUGGAAUGUACGGUGAAGAGAACAUAGACCACACAGAUGUAGCAUUGUUGAUACAAAAACUGCCCAACUUAACGAACCUUGGCAGUUAUUCGUUCGUUGGCAAGGCCCUAUACCACAUACACAACUACGACUGUCCUGGAAACUUCACAACUAAACUCCAAUAUGUUCACGACAUUAAAACCAACACCAGAACUAUGAGGGCUAUCGUCGCUUUGUGCCCGCAUUUAGAAACGAUAUACAUCGAAGAACCAGACCAAGGCGUAAUGCUGAUGAUCAAAGAUUUAAAUGAGAUUUCUAAAAUUAAGCUAAACAAAUUCCAGUGCCAUGAACUGCAUCAGUUGCUGGACAAAAUAGGCCAUAAAAUGCUGUCACUAAUGCUCUCAGGUUCUUCUGGCUCAUUUAAUUUUACCAGGAUAGCAGAGACAUGUAGGAACCUUGAGUCCAUCGAAUUCUUCCAGCUACAAACGGCUACUCAUGAGGAAGAGAUUCCCUUUAAUAACCUUGAACACAUUGAGAUAAUUCAAGGUAAUUUGUCGCCAUCGUGUCUGAAGUAUCUGAUGACAUGUAGCCCGAAACUGAAGAAGUUGAUUAUCGGUGAUGAAAUUAAGCUGGAUGAUCAGGAUAUGUCCAGAAUAUUCCGGCGUAACAAAUUCGAGCACCUAGAAGGCAUUUGGUUUCCGAACGCGCCCCGGCUCACAAGCGAAACAGUCGACAUGCUCAUGGAAUGCUGUCCAAAGCUGCAGAGCUUAGGCCAGCUCAGUGGCUGGAGGUUCACACCGGAUGACAUGAUGCUCAUGAGAGCCAUCAUAGCUAGCACGAACACUGAUCUGAUCCUGUCUCCCCUCGGGACUUGGGGACAGAGGUAGAUAUUGCUAUAAGUUACACUUACUGUGCCAUCGAUGGCGCUGUGUCUUUUUUUAUUGAGGAGAUUUUUGGAAUUCUUAUCUGAUUGUAAGGUAAAUUAUGAACAAUGGAUUUUAUACAAAAUAUGAAGGCUUAAAUAAUACAAAUGACAUGGUACAAAUA